AUGCCUCUCGAGUUUGAGCUGUACCCUGGCCGUAUGGUGGGUGGCGACCACCCAUGCUUCGUCAUAGCUGAAAUUGGGCAGAAUCACCAGGGCGACAUAGAGCUCGCCAAGAAGAUGAUUCGCAUGGUGAAGGAGUGCGGGGCUGACUGUGCCAAAUUCCAGAAGAGUGAGCUAGAAUACAAAUUUAAUAAAAAAGUUUUAGAACGACCAUAUACCUCGCCACAUUCAUGGGGAAAGACAUACGGGGAGCACAAGCGCCAUCUGGAGUUCAGUCAUGAUCAGUUCCGGGAGCUGCAGAAGUAUGCAAAUGAAAUAGGAAUAUGCUUCACAGCCUCUGGAAUGGAUGAGAUGGCAGUUGAGUUCCUUCAUGAAAUUAACGUUCCAUUCCUUAAAGUGGGGUCAGGAGACACUAAUAAUUUCCCCUAUAUAAAAAAAACCGCUGAGAAAGGUCGACCAAUGGUGAUAUCAAGUGGAAUGCAGUCAAUGGAUACCAUGCGUCGUGUUUACGAGCUUGUAAAACCAAUUAAUCCAAACUUCUGUUUUCUCCAGUGUACAAGUGCAUAUCCCCUUCUUCCAGAAGAUGUCAAUCUACGUGUAAUAACGGAAUUUAAGUCUGCCUUUCCAGACAUCCCAAUCGGUUACUCUGGCCAUGAAACUGGCAUUGCUAUUACGGUUGCAGCCAUAGCAAUGGGCGCCAAAGUAGUUGAGCGCCAUGUAACCAUGGACAAGACUUGGAAAGGAACUGACCACAAUGCUUCCCUUGAAAUGAGUGAACUAGCUGAGCUAGUGAAGUCUAUAAGGCUAGUAGAGAAGGCAAUGGGCUUUCCAGUAAAACGUCUCCUGCCUUGUGAAAUGGCUUGCCACAAUAAGCUUGGUAAAUCCGUAGUGGCAAAAACAAAAAUCCCUGCAGGCACUGUGAUAACACUGAACAUGUUGACCGUGAAGGUGGCCGAGCCACAUGGUUUCCCUCCCGAGGAGAUCUAUGACCUAGAAGGCAAGACGGUUAAGACAGACAUCGAGGAGGACGAAUCUGUCACAGAAGCAGCCAUCGAGAAUUACAACACAAGAACGAAGUGUUAAGAGUUUAAAGCCUGACCACUACCCAACAGUUUUUCACCUUUUACCUUACCAAGACAUGUUCUUUGUAGAAGUUAAUUGCACAGGGUUUUGGGUCCUUUUUUGUAACAAAACGAUUCAGUGGCAUGUCCGAUCGAGUUGUUGUACUAGAUUUGUCUAGUCUAAAUGGGUGAAAAUGGUGUUGCUUGUAAGGCUGUGACAAACGCAUGGCAAUCACUAUGUUUUGUACGCAGAUUUUGACAUUUGCAAAUCACAGCAUUUUGUGAAUGAUUCUUAUACUUUGAUAUAUACAUUGGAAAAAAUAAAUCGAAUAAAUAAUUGGCAGUGG